AUGCCCAAACUUGAAGGAAAACUCAAAAAAAGAGAAACUGCUUCGAGAAGCUCAGAUAUUUGUUUAGUGACUAAAUGGAAAGAUAGAAGGGAUGUCACGAUGAUCACCACUAUGCACGAAAACAAAAUUGUAACUUUGGACAAGAUCGACCGUGCAACAAACGAGAAUGUCAAGAAAUCAUUGUGUGUAGUUGAUUACAAUGAGAAAAUGGGUGCCGUGGAUCGAUCGGACAUGAUGAUGAGUAGCAUUGACAGCCUGCGUAAAUCUAUGAAAUGGUAUAAGAAAUUGUUUGUGCACACCCUGGAUAUCUGUGUACUGAAUGCCCAUGGUAUGUUCUCUACAAAACAUCAUAUGAAAUAUCCACUUGCGAAGUUUCAAAUGGACCUUAUACGUCAACUUUUGGAAAGAUACGGACAAGUGAAUAAACCCACACCUAUGUCUGCUGCAACAACUUCAAAAUUGACUGAAAGGCACUUUCCAUUCCUUGUACCUGCGGCUGAGAAGUCCAAAAAUGCUUCAAGAAGGUGCACUGUCUGUUUCCAGACAAAACUACGACAAAAGAAGAGAAGCACUUCCAGAUACAUGUGCAAAGAAUGUAACGUAGGCUUAUGCGUGUUUCCAUGUUUCCAAGAAUUUCACACUAAAGUGAUAUUUUGA